UCAUUGGCAUAUUGACAGCAAUGUAAUGGAUAUAAAAAGUUAGCCAGAUGUUACAAAUUAUUGACAGGUAUGUAUGAUGAAGUCCUUGGGUAUCUCAACAUUUAAGGAUGUGAAUAAAGGAGGGAAAAAAUCAAGUAAAUCGUCUAAACCUUGUCUUUUAACAAACAUAAAUGCUUAAAUGCGCAGUAGAUACACAAAGAGUUUCAAAUGCUGUAUGUUUGACAACAUGUGAAUAUUAUGAUGUAUAUGUAUACAUACAUGCAUGCAUUGCUAAUAAAUAUUAAGAUCCUGUACUGUAUAUAAACAAUCACUUUUCAAGUGUUCGCGUGUACAGACACGUCAGUAGAAAGUUCCGCAUGCCUGCUAUCUUAGUUUAUAAAGACAUAUUGUACAUGAAAACAUUCGCACUCCACAGCGCCUCAAUAAAGAAAUUUUGAAUGCAUUCAUUUUGUGGGAGGGCUGUAAGGGGGACGCGGUUGUCGCACAGAGCAAUCACCUGAAAUAGCGGGACUGAGCGGCAACGACGACAAGAAAUGAUCGAUCCCGUUGGCCAGGAAGAGCCGGUGAUAACGUCUUAGUGGGAGACGAGAGCUGUCGAGGGAUUUUUGCGAGAGAAAAUUAAUGAACUGGAGAAGGAUCUGUUUACCUCUCAGCUCGUAGUUAAUCCUGUGAGUUCUGCGCCAUCUCCAACAAGCAUGGAAAUGCCUAAAGCAGUGAGCUGAAGUGCUGCCACAAGGAUUCUUCUCCCUGAUGCGCUAGUCCACCUGUCUGCUGCAACUGGUCUUCGCGUCCGUAGCUCUGACGAGCGAAUAUGGAGGGCUUCGUGGAGGCGCUGUAUACCGUCGAUGGCGCGACGGACAAGAAGAAGACGCAGGCGAUGAUCCGCAUCCUGAAGGGCGCCAUCAGCAUCUCCAAGAGCCGAACCGGCGACGUCGUCUACCGCUACAACCGCCACGAGAAGAAAGCUCUCAGCCAACGGUUGUGCAAGUAUGACCGCGAGAGCGCGCGCUCACAGGUCAACAUCGACAGCCAGAAGCGGGACGUCCUUCGGAAAUGGAAGCUGGUCUUUGGUCGCCAGAGAAGUAUCUCUGACUCGCUGCGCUCUUUCGAUGAGAUGCUGGAGGAGGCCAUCGCCACUUGCCGCAUCUUUAGGUCGCGGGGGGAUGAGGUCGAAGUUAAAAAUACUCUAAAUGAAGAAUCAAAGAAAGAGGAGGGGGAAACCCAAGAGGAAGUUGAACAGAAGCCAGAAGAAGCUGUGAUUCUCCAACUGGAUCUGAAAUCGAAUACCAACAAUUCCGCGUUGCCUGUCAUGCCCAUAGUCCUGCCCCGGCUGUACCUGGGAGGAGCGCUAAACAACGCUCGCCUCGAAGAUAAAGAACGAGAAAGCGCGAGAAGAGAACGUGAGAUGGAGGAAAAAAGCUUGCAAAAAAGACAGGCAAACGAGCUGCCUCACUUCGACUGGAAGCUGAUGAAGUGCUUCCUCAACGAUCAGAAGUAUCUGCAUCAAGAUCUCCUCACCCGCAAUGCGCUCCUAAAAAUUAAAACAGACGUCGGCAAGGAUCACGUAUUCUUCAAGUACCUGGUGAAGACCAGGCUGCCAGACAAUGCCCACACCUUGCUCGAGCGCAUCGAACGGGGCAAUACCUUGCCUGCCAUCAACUACAGUACGCAUGCCAGCGCCAGACCGGAAGCCGCCAAUCGCGACUCGCGACACAGAGGGUCAGCCAAUCACAGCUCACGUCUUGUGGGGUCCGAGAGUACGAAGACAAACGUGGUUAGGAGGAGAAAGGUGGGAAAAGUCGAAGAAAAUGGCUUCACUCCUCGCUCUUUUGUCACGCCCUCGCCUAGAGGUCAAGAUGAAGCCUCUCUUAAGGUCGCAUGCGAGAAGAAUGUUCGUUUCAGCACAGAACGUACAUAAACUGUACCCGGUCCUUGGUUUCAGAAGGGUCCUUUGGGACUUGAAAGUUUCGUCGUGAGACAUCACACUUUACAUGAAUGGACUGUUUGGUAAUUGCAAUCGUGGCAACAUUUUGGCUAGAGACAUCCGGUCUCCAAAGUCUACUAAAAGACACGAAUGCUUGGUAAAUAAUCGUGACUGAUAUGUUCUAGAGCCAUUCUUCUGCCCUGCCCCAACUUGGUGUACUGUUCUUUCUAUGCAUUUGGUGUUAUUAUUUUAUUAGAGAAGCAAUCUUUCUGCAAGUCUGCUACUAUUAUAUUGGAGGAAAAUAGUUUUUCGAUAUGUUCACCACUCUUACAAUAUUGGACGAGCUUUCUUGUCCUCGAGUGAGGGUUACAUCGUUUGUCAUUGUAUGUACAUUUCAUGUAGAGGAAAUAUAAUCGGUAAUGAUCAAGCCUUUAACACAGCUUGUAUCAAAAUGGCUCUUCUACCGCGUCUGUGCUUUUCACAACUUAAACCUUGUACUCCUUAUUAUUAAAAUAAAUAAUGGUUUGCAAAAGGAAAACAGCCGUGAGCUAUAACAACAAAAGAAUUGCUCUCCACUCUUCAUAUCUAUUUAUACAGUUUCAUCUUGGUGUGGGUUUUAUUGAAAACAUCGAGUCUCGAAACGUCAGUGUGAUGCUGGAAUGCUUAAAAUAUUGACACAUAUUGAGAAAUAUAUCACAUGACUGUAGAUAUGAUUAAGAAAUUGCAAAAUUUGAAAAGAGGGAUUACGUUGUCACAGAGAAAUUAUAAUGACACAGAAAAAUGACAAUGUCAUAGAAGGCAGUGACACAGAAAGGGCAGUUUACGGAGACAGGCCUGCGGACAACAGACAGACCAGAUGCUCCUUCCUCCACCCACAAGCAAUCAUUUCGCCAUGAUGCUGCAUCCUUGUGGGCUUGACUAACUAGUCCUCAGUGACUUGUCCUACGAGGCACGCGACAUAAAUUGACGCCUUACGGCUUACGUAGUUAACGUUUACACAAACUACCCCAACCUCUUCUCUGUCUUUCUGUCUGCACGUGCUUACAUUUCAACCCAACCUGUCUGUCUGUCUUUCUUUUUUUUUUUUUUUCUUUCUUUCUUUCUUUCUGCGAGCGUGCGUAACUACAUGCAUGCAUUUCUGUGUGUGUGUGUGUGCGCGCGCGUGCACGUGUUAGUACAGCUGGGCAAGGAUGUGUAGGUACGUGAUCAAUGAUAAAGCACUUACAGUAUAUAGCGCAUUUCCUGAGUAUAGUAAACUCAAUGCGCUUAAUUCACAAAAGAAUACGGCCCAAAAGAUGUUAAAUAUGAGAAUUAAAAUAUGUAAGUCGUGAAGAGUGAAAGAGCUCCGGUUGCCCCGAGCCUGGUGUUGCUUGUCCAUAUUUCGAAAUGUCAAUAAGGUCAUCAUGUAACGACAUUACAAAUAUAUAAGUGCAUUAAGCUGACACUCUAUUCCAAGCCGGGAGCGUUCAUAUCAAGUACAACUGGCAGUGCCCACCCCACUCUCUCUCUCUCUGUUUCCAUCUAUAUUUAGAUCAGUGAACUGUUAUUACUGACUGGAUGUAAUUUACAUUAUAGACUGAUAAUUGCAUUGCCCACAGCAUGUGAUGUCAUGUCGCUAUCAAUAGAAGGGAUACGUUUCUUUCUUUACAUAUAUUUAAUAAACUUGUAUGAUACUAGGGACUGAUUAAUGUGUAAUUUCAAGGAAUUGAUGAUUAAAAUAUAUAAUUUUAA